GGAAAACCGCUUCUAGUUGGCGCGCGCGCAUACACCAAGCAGUAGCAGUGAAACUACCUCGCGUAGCGGACCGGUCACGGCCCGUGCUAACGACAGUGCACUCGAUGUUUCUUUGUACAUGAUGAAUUUAAAAACAUUGUUUGGGCAGUUCUUACUGUUAGCUACUACAGUCACGGCACAAAAGACAUUGCAGUCAUCUCCAACAUUAGCAUGUCCGUCGUUGGACAAUGGCGACAGUUACACCCAAUCAGAGUUCCUGUCACGCCUGGCUAACGAGUGCCGCUACGAUCGGCUGCUGCUGCCCACAUACUUGUCCGGAGACGUGGUCUACGUACAUGCCAGCGCUUAUGUGUACUUCAUUCAACCAGCAGAGGCUCACGAUUUGAAUUUCAAGUUGCAUUUCCUCCUACAACUGCGUUGGACUGAUCCACGACUGGCAUAUGCGCUUUAUUCACCAGAACGUUCUAAAAUCAUCGGCGAAAGUGAUUUGCGACAACGUGUUUGGGUACCACACCUUUACAUGUCUAAUGAGCAAUCUUCAAGUCUUAUGGGAACUGAUAGCAAGGAUGUCCUUAUAUCUAUAGCACCUGAUGGUGAGGUGCUGUUUAGUCGUCGUAUGCAAGCAGUACUAUACUGCUGGAUGAACUUGCAGAAGUUUCCUUUCGACGAGCAAACAUGUUCUAUGAAUCUCGAGAGUUGGAAAUACAAUGCGUCGAUUUUACGGCUCAUGUGGGAGAGGGACAAUCCUGUCCGUUUGUCCUCGGAAUUACACUUGACGGAAUACUCACUCAUAGAUUAUUGGACAAAUGAAUCAGUAGUACGUGGAGAUAUUGUAAACAUGCGCCUAGGAGGAGGUAGAUCUGGGAAUUAUAGCGCAUUAAAAUUCACUUUCAAGUUGGGUCGAGAGGUGGGAUACUAUCUCAUGGAUUAUUUUAUACCGUCCAUGAUGAUAGUCGCCAUGUCCUGGGUUACGUUCUGGCUUCAAGCAGACGCCGCCGCUCCCAGAAUCACAUUAGGUACAAGUACUAUGUUAUCGUUUAUAACUUUGGCGUCUUCUCAAGCGAAAACGCUUCCUAAAGUAUCAUAUAUAAAAGCCAGCGAAAUAUGGUUCCUGGCGUGCACUGGAUUUAUCUUCUCGGCCUUAGUGGAGUUCGCAUUCGUCAAUACGAUAUGGCGUAGAAAGAAAGUGGUUAAUUUAAAGAAGGUGAAUAGUAAAUAUAUAUUGAAGAGUACGCUGACUCCGCGACUUGCUCGUAAAGAGUUACAAAAGGAGCUGCAAGAGUCGUCUCCGCAACUUACAAAGUCGAGAUCCUGCUCUUCGUUAAGCCAAAACCACAGCACGGAUCCAGCGGGACCGGCUUACAACAACUACCUUACAGUCCACAGCUUCCCAUCGGCUUUAAAUCUGCCUACUAUAACGACGCAAAGCUUCGACGAACUGAUUUCAAGUCAGGGCAUGAACAAGCAGCAAAACAGCACAGGCAGCGAAGGCUCCGAUCCACCCCCAAAGAAUCACACGUGGACCACCAUGACCCCCCAGGAGAUAGCCACGUGGAUAGACAAACGUUCAAGGGUCCUCUUUCCUUUACUUUUCAUCUUCUUCAAUAUCAUAUACUGGACUUUUGUUUAUUGUUUGUAGAAUAAAAACAAAACGAUGACGCCAUUAUGAUUUGUCAAUGUCUCAUGUAAAAGUUGUUGACGAAUCAUCGGGGAAAUACCUCAUCAGAUUGAAAAGUAAAUCAGUAUCUAAUUUGUGUAUGUAAUAUUCAAUUG